GCUACAAAAUCUUUCCAUGCAUAUUCUGUGUCCAGGCAUGUAUGUCAGUGCUGUUUACUCCUGGUAAAAUAACCAGAUUUCUGACUACAUUUUAAUGACUCAUUUGAAUUUAGGGACAGGUUCUUUUGGUGUUCUCCGGUUAUCUCUCUCGCUCAUAUUAGGCUUUUUCGGGUACUUUAUUAUAUAGCUUAGUGUGCAAAAUUCCCCACAUGUUAGAGGGCAACAUAAGCAUUCAUAUUUGACUGGAUUACUUCAGGAUUAUUUCCCGUCUACCUGCAUUACACACGGUGCGGCAGCAUGUUUGGGAGCCUACUUGUCUCCCUUCUCUGUGGAUACGCGGUGGCCAUCCUCAGCCCAGAACUUGACAAACAUUGGGGACUUUGGAAGAAGAUGCACAAUAAAGUGUAUUCUGAUCAGAUUGACGAGUUUGGCCGCAGGCGAAUCUGGGAGGAGAACUUGGAUAUGAUCAAUGUCCACAACUUAGAGGCCACUCUGGGCAUGCACACAUAUGAGCUGGCAAUGAAUCACCUUGGAGAUUUGACUACAGAGGAAGCCUCAAGUUCCCUCAUGGGCACUCGUGUCCCAGACGACCUUGAAAGGGCCAUGUCGAACUUCACCAGAGUCGACGAUAUGUCGGUGCCCUCCAGCCUGGACUGGAGGAGGAAGGGCCUCGUAACGGCAGUCAAAGACCAGGGGUCCUGCGGGUCCUGCUGGGCCUUCAGUGCCGUGGGUUCGUUGGAGGGCCAACUGAAGAAGAUCAAUGGUUCCCUAGUCUCCCUCAGUCCCCAGAACCUCUUGGACUGCUCCAUGAGGUUUGGAAACCACGGCUGCCACGGUGGCUAUAUCGUCAGCGCCUUCCUCUACGUCAUUAAGAACAAUGGCAUCGACUCGGAUGCGGCUUACCCCUAUACAGGCAGAAUUGGAUCUUGCAAGUACGACCCGAAAUUGAAGGUUGCGAGUUGCUCUGGUUAUAAGUUCUUGCCGAAAGGGGAUGAAGUGGCACUUAAGCAUGCCAUUGCUAUGAUUGGUCCGAUCUCAGUUGCCGUAGACGCCUCCCGGCCAAAGUUCCUCUUCUACCAUCACGGUGUGUACAGGGACCACACAUGUAGCCACCAGGUUAACCACGGUGUUCUGGCCGUCGGGUAUGGAACUGAACAUGGACGGGACUACUGGCUUGUCAAGAACAGUUGGGGUGCUCGCUAUGGCGAGCAAGGUUACAUCAAGAUGGCCAGGAACAGACACAACCAAUGUGGCAUCGCUCUCUAUGCAUGUUAUCCCACCAUGUGAAGGCCAGAAUGCCUAGCUCCCAAGCUUUUGUGUAUUUAAACUUCGCCAACUUGAAUAAAACUCAAAACAAACAUUUUAAAA